AUGGACAAAGGAACAGGUUCCCUUGAAGAAACUCCAACAUGGGCUGUCUCUAUAUUUUGUUUGUUUUUCUUUAUCCUGGCUUUUGCCAUCGAUGCAGGUCUUCACAGCCUAACCAAGUUUCUUAGCGGGGGGAAAAGAAAAUCGCUCAAUAAAGCUCUGGAAAAGUCUAAAACUGAAAUGAUGAAGAUGGGUUUGAUAUCAUUGCUUCUAACAAUAUCAGAAGUACCAAUAUCAAACAUCUGUGUCAGCCAAAGCGUUGCAAAAUCGUUUCGUCCAUGCAAAGAUCCUGUGGACUACUCUGCAAAACCAGCUGUUUCAUCAUCGGCCACUCAACUUUCACGCUCCGAGUCUAAUUCCUCCCUUUCUGUGGAAUAUCCUACUCAAAAUUACUGUGAGUCAAAGGGGAUGGUUUCUCUGAUUUCGAAGGAAGGAGUGUUGCAGCUAAAUAUCUUCAUCUCUGUGUUGGCUGUAUUUCAUGUUCUCUACUGCAUCAUUACAAUGUUUCUAGGAAUUGCCAAGACAAGGAGAUGGAAAAGUUGGGAGGAAGAGACGCAGACCCUGGAAUAUCAAAUUGCUAAUGAUCCGAGGAGGUUCCAAUAUAGCGAGCAAACUCUAUUUGGGCAACGGCAUUUGAAGUUCUGGAGCAAUCACACAUUCUUGCUCUGGCCCGUUUGUUUGGUCCGACAAUUCACUGGAUCAGUCUCCAAAGUAGAUUACCUCACUCUUCGAAACGGGUUCCUUAUGGCCAAUGUUGCAGAAGGCAGCAACUUCAACUUCCAGAAAUUCCUUACCAGAGCUUAUGACGAUGAUUUUGAGCAGGUGAUGGGAAUUAGAUUCUGGAUCUGGAUCUUCUCCGUUCUUUUCAUAUUCUUGAGCGCAGACGUGUUUUAUAACUACUACUGGCUACCUUUCAUUCCUCUAGUGAUUGUUCUUGUUGUGGGCGCUAAGCUGGAAGUCAUAAUAAGCAAAAUGUGUAUAGAGAGUUUCAAGGACAAUCCUGUUAUCAGAGGAAGUUUUAUAGUGAAGCCCAAAGAUGAUCUUUUCUGGUUUGGCCGGCCUAAUUGGCUUCUUAAUCUCCUCCAAUUCGUCCUAAUCCAGAACUCCUUUCAACUUGCAUUCUUCACAUGGACAUGGUUUGAGUAUGGCCAAAGAUCUUGCUUCCACCGUACAAAAGAGGACAUUGCCAUUACAAUUACAAUGGGAGUCGUUGUGCAGUUCCUCUGUGGUUAUGUCACCUUACCGCUUUAUGCACUUGUUACGCAGAUGGGUUCUGGCAUGAAGCAAGCAGUAUUUACAGAGACUGUAGUUAAAGGCCUAAACAACUGGCACAGGAAUGCUAGACGAAGUCUAUCAAGGAAUAGAUCUACUUCAACACGGCGCUCUUCUAAUUCAUCACUGUCUGACAUCAGAGACUUUGCAAUUGAUUCAGACCAACAAACUAAAAACAUUGUAGAGUACGAACACCUUCCUAAAACUCCAACAAUUACUCGCACCAGUGAUGACAGUACUAGUACCACUAGCCCUGAAAUAGUAGAAGAUCAGGAAGUCCCAAAAAAUCCCAUUAAAGAUCAAAACCACCCAGAUAGAGUCAGUUUAUCAAAUAAUCAAGAAGUGAAAAUGGUGGAAGGGAAUCGCAAGAUCGGAACUGUUGCCUAUGAUGGUGAGAUCUCUUUCGGUAGCAGCUGGAAAAAGUUGGGAAAUGGUAAGGAAAUUGGAGAAGUUAAUUCAAUUAUUGAAGAAGAUGCAUCGACUAUAUUGACCAACGUUGAUUUGUAAGAUAUAUAUGUAUAUCUUGUAAUUUCCUUCUCUCUUAUAAUGAUAAAUAUGACUUUAUUAAUCAAAUCAAACUGAAGGAUA